GUCUCUUCUGAUUGGCUGAUCGAGCCUAUAGCGGAUUGCACCUGCUUUAUUUUUCCAGGCGCUUCUAAGUAGAAACGCACGCGCGCCUGCACUUACAGUACAGCACGUAGACAAGUUCAUCCCAAAUAAAGUGACAACUUUAUGCUGACCAGCUGAUUGCCAUGGCCUUGAUGUGAUGUUCACUACACUACACUCAUUCACACACUCAACAGUCCCCCAUCAGACAUAUUUUUGGUGUGUUGGAGAAAAAUCGGAGAUCCCAGAUCCCAGAAACCCACAGAUGCUCUCCUCCCGUGUGCUGCUUCGUGGUUUGCGGGCUGAGACCGGGUUCUGGAGGAGCCUGUCCACUUCGACCAGAGCUCUGGCUUCACACGGCCACAGUGUGGAUGUGAUUGACUGCAGUGUUCCUCAGUACAAUAAUCGUCUGGAUACACCACUGCCUGAUAUUCCAUUUGUCAGAAAUCUCACUCCUGAGCAGAAGAAGCUGAAGGAGAAAGAAAAAGAGUCAUGGACGAAUCUCACCAAGGAGGAGAAACUAGCACUCUAUAGACUCACACAUGAGCUGAGCUUUGCAGAGAUGAGGCAGGGCUCUAGUGAGUGGAAGACAGUGCUGGGAGGGAUCUUCUUUUUCCUCGGCUUUACAGGCCUGGUGGUGUUGUGGCAGCGUAUGUAUGUGUAUGGUGAUGUGCCACACACUCUUUCUCCAGAAUGGGUGGAGAAACAAACCCAACGUAUGAUCGACAUGAGGGUUAACCCUGUACAUGGUUUCUCUGUCAACUGGGAUUAUGAGAAGAAACAGUGGAAGUAGAAUCCCACUCUCAUUAACCUGAGGUUGAAAUCUUAACAGCUUCAAUAUAUAGUCACACAAUAUAUAUCUAUAUGUCAAAAAUAAAAACUGAAUGGAA